CCUAACCACAUCAUGUCCGCUGCACAGCGUCACUCGUCCCUCUCCCUCCCUCUCCCUCCCUCUCUCUAGCUUCCUGUCCUUCUUGUUGUUCCUCUUCUCACAAAAGAUGGUGAUGCCAGAUAAAGGCCUGUCGGCCCCCAUGAACGCGAAGCUCACCGGCUCAGGCGCCGAGACGGUGGUUCUCGCUCAUGGUUUCGGAGGAGACCAGACCGUGUGGGACAAGAUCCUCCCUGUCUUGUCCCAGCAUUUCAGGGUCCUUGUCUUUGACUGGGGAUUCUCAGGAGCUGUCAAGGAGCAAGAAGGUCUGUUCGACCCUGUGAAGCACUCAUCCUACGAAGGUUUCGCCUUUGAUCUGAUAUCUCUCCUUGACGAGCUCGACCUCAAGUCCACAGCCUUCGUCGGCCACUCCAUGUCCGGCAUGAUCGGUUGCAUUGCCUCUGUGAAGAGGCCUGACCUCUUCAAGCACCUCAUACUCCUUGGUGCUUCUCCUAGGUACUUAAACACGGACGGCUACGAGGGCGGGUUUGGGAUUGAACAGAUCGAUCAAAUCCUAUCGAGCAUAGAGUCCGACUACCACGGGUGGGCAUCCAACUUUGCUUCUCUGGGGGUGGACCCGCACGACACUCUCUCGGUCGAGACGUUCACCGAGUGCUUGAGAAGGAUGAGGCCUGAGGUCGCGCUUCCCUUAGCCAAGACAGUUUUCCUAUGCGACCACAGAGAGGUCCUCGCGAGUGUGACGACCCCGUGCACUAUAGUUCAGACCACGAACGACAUCGUGGUACCGAACUCGGUCGCCCAUUACAUGCAUGACAAGAUCCAGGGGAAGACUACGGUCGAGAUGAUGGAAGCCGAUGGCCAUUUCCCUCAGCUCACGGCACAUCAGCAGCUUCUCGAUGUGCUGGGUAGGAUCUUGGGGUUUGAGUGUGUUUAGCAGGUGAUUAUAUACUCUAGAGUGGACUAGAAUUACCCUCUUAUUUCUAGACUUUUUCUCGGUAUACAGUGAUGUUAUGGUAGUAGUGGAUGUGAAUGUGUGGAUUGCAUGUCGCUUGUCUCUAUAGAUUAGGUAUUAUGGUUGUAUAUUGAUUGGCUCGCAUUUAAAUCGUUUGGGCUUGAGCUGUUUGACUGGA